AUGAACAUCCCUUACAUCCGCGUCACCUUGUGGAAAUCAUCCCUUUACAUCAAUUUGGAAUCAAUUACGCCAAAUCGUCUGGGAGGGGAGAAAAGGGUUGCAAUGUUGAAUGAUCGCCCGGAUGACGUUUGGGACAAUUGGACCAUAGGCAAAUAUUCGGAUGGCAUCGACCGCGUUUAUGGAGAACUGUCUGACGUGGCGUCACGCUUAUAUGGAAAUACUGCCGAAUAUUUCAGCAUGCGAUGCAUGAUUGUCCGAAAUCUCGAGGAUAGGCGUUCGAUCAACUCGAAAUUAGCGGCGAUGCAUCCGAGUAAGGCAUUUGUUUGUAAGGCUGGGGUCGUGGCGGAAAUAGACGGGAUUGAGUCGAUGAGCAUUAUUUCAAAGUCGCUGUUACUCGAAAAAAUCAGGCCGGACAUAACAUUAAUCAAGUUGAAAGUCGGGAUGCCGAUAAUAUUAACUAAGGACUGUACUCAUAGUCAGGCCGGUGAAGCAAUGGUUGCCAUGAAGAAAGGGUCGAGGUUGGUAGUCGUAGCCGUCAAGGAGUCGAUGAUUACGGCGAAAAUGAUAACUCCGGGGAGAGUUGGAAUGGAGCUGAAAAUAGGAAGAACGAUGUUGUAUUGCGACGACGUGAACAAUCAAGAUUAUGCGUACUUAAAACAUCAAUUCCCAGUCGUGCUCGGUUACGCGAAUGCGGAGGGGCGUUGGAAUAUCGUGGCGGGAGCAGGAUCCGUCCGGGUUGAAGGUACAUUGGCGGCGGGGUGGCGGGUGUGGACGGGACCGAUGGACGCGGCACCCCCCCCUCUCUCUCUCUAUUCCCGAACAAACGGUGUGCUCAAACAGAAUCGUGCCAUGGCCCCAGUGGAAACCCCAAACAAAGCCGCACUCUUGGCUUCCAAAGUUACAGAACUGAAGGUGGAUAUGCCCCCAUCUUCUGCCGGUUUCCGGGAACAAGGGCGAGCUCGUCAACUGCCUGAUGGCCCACUUCCAGGCCGUCCAGACCUCCUUGACCCCCCAUCCUACGCCAAGCAAGGACCUCACCCUCUCCUCCAACCCGCCCUCUGCUCGCAAAACAGUCUUCUGGUUUCCGGGAGCAAGGGCGAGCUCGUCAACUGCCUGAUGGCCCACUUCCAGGCCAUCCAGACCUCCUCGACCCCCCAGCCUACGCCGAGCAAGGACCUCACCCUCUCCUCCAACCCGCCCGGCCCAUCAACCUCCGCCGGAGACGCGCCCCUCGCAUCCACCCCAGCUGUUGCAGCGAGCUUGACUGAGGGUGAGAAGGAGAAGACGGCGGAGGCCGAGCGCGAGAAGCGGAGACAACGCGCGGCGCGCUUCGGCCUCGAAGACCUCGGCGCCAACCCACCGACGACGACGACGAUGGCGGCGGCGGCUCCGGACGAGCUCAAGAAGCAGCUCCGCGCCAAGCGCUUCGGCAUCCCGCUCCUCGUCGCGCUCAACAAGCCGCUCGCCGACGGAAAGCAGGCUGCCUCAAUUGCCCGAACGUGGCGUGGGGGUGGCGACGAUGGCAACAAUCAUCUUUUUCAACCAAUGGCUUCAUCACUUUCACCCCACCCGCACCAACCGAUACAGCGGGCUUUGGUACGAUCAAUCAACAUGGCAGCAAGAUGGAUCUUCAAGGAUUGGUUGAUCGAAAUGGUGGUCACUAUCACUAUCCAUCAUUAUCCUCCUCCACCAACUCAGCUUCCUCGUAUGCAUAUCAUCUGGUUCUGA